AUGGAUUUACAAGGCGACAAUGCUAAGGGUGAUCAAAACGAAGCAGCGCAACCGCAGCCGGAAAUGCUGUUGCAGCUGCAGCAACAAGUGCAACAACUGCGGUUGCGGACGCAACCGCAGGAAACGCGGCAGCCGCAGCCGCAGCCGCAGCCGCAGCCGCAGCCGCAGCCACAGCCGGACCCGCUACUGCAGCUGCAGCAGCAAAUAGAGGAGCUGAAGAAAAAAAUAGAAGGGUUACAACAAAAACAACAACAUGCUGGAUAUAUCUUAAGUCGUUUUUUUUACGUUCCUCCACAACAGACGGCCCAUGCACAGCAGCCGCAAAAUGAUUACAGAUCGCCGCUAUUAAAUUUAUAUCAGUCAGAUGAGUAUAUCACAUACGGCAGAGAAAAACAAAGGAUUAUACAGCAACACCGCCGUGAAAUCAACAGAUUAAGGCGGGAAGCAAGGCCGGGUCGCGGACACGGCAGCAGUUACUGUACUGCUGGCCCAUGCGGAUGCAUUCCGCAUAACUGCGGUGCGGGCCGCAGUACAGCACAUUGCAAGUGCCAGGCGCCGGGCCGAUGCUGCGUGUGCAGGCGGCAUACUUGA